AUGAAGCCCGUUUUCGCAUCAGCCCUGCUCUUCCUUGGCCUCACUUCAGCUCAAUAUAGUGGCCAAAUUAAAGUCAAAGACGACGGCUGCCCUCAAUUCACCGCUGGCGAAAAGUCGCAACCUCUCAGUUGGGUCAAGGGCAACAACAUAUGCGCAGACCUUUCGGACAUAUGCCCCGAUGGAAAAUGCUUCAUGGCAUUCCAAGCCCUCGUGACUGGCACCGACAGCAGGACGCCGGCCAAGAUGGGAGCUUGUCCUACGGAUGAUUGCUCCUCGGAUUGUCAGACUUGGGACGUCGAGUCGCAGAGCAACAGCAUCAGUGUUGACUGUGCUGAGUUCACUGGCCAACACUACUUUUACUUGGCUUCUGUUCACAUCACAUACAAUCACUGUGUUGUGGGCUUCCCCCAGCAGGCUGGUGGCAAGCUUGAGUGGAUCAAGUUGGCUGACUGGGGUAUUAGGGGCAACAGUCAUUUAAUGUAA